AUGCUGCAGUUCAGAAACCGAUGGCGCCUGGAUGACAGGGCACUGGCGAAGUUUGUGGAGGUUGUCCAUCCGAGGGAAGAGAAGACGGAGGAUAUGGCACAGCUUGACAAGCUUCUGAAGGGUGUAGCCAACCCUUCUCAAGGCAUCCUGCCAAUGCUCAAUCACCUCCGGGCAAUGGGCAGUCUCGAGGAGCUCAUCCGCGAAAAAAGCAGCGAGAAGCGACGCGACUCGCGAACCGAGCGAGAGCUGCGGUACUGCAGCAAGUCAAGGUCGCGCUCCAAAUCACGGAGGCGGCGGUAG